ACCCAAUCCGAGAACGGGGCGCAGAUCAGCCAGCGUAAGCAUAAGCCACCGCCGCCACUCGUUCGGUCGCUCCGUUCCACACCCGGCGCCAUGGACGCGGCCGUGUCCCUGCACCACCACGGGGCGCUCCCCGCCGCCGCCGCCUCCCUCCAGCCCCACCACCACCACCGCGCGCUCCACCUCAGGCACCCGCGUCACUCCUCCUCCAUCUCCGCGCGCCUGACCGUGACCGCGCCGCCCCGGCGCUCCUCCUCGUCAUCGUCGGUCUCCGCCGCCCCGCCGGCGCGCCAGGCGCGUGCAAGCACCAGCACCAUCACCAGCAGCCGCGCCGCCACGGGCUACGCGGCCGCGCUGGCCGACGCGUCGCUCCGCGCGGGCACGCUGCCCGGGGCCGCCCGCCACGCGCGCGCCCUGCUCCGGCGCCUCCAGGAGCCUCCCCGCGGGCAGCGCCUGGAGGAGCCCGAUGCGCGGGUGGGCGCGCUGGUGCGGCUGCUCGUCGGCAAGGGCAGGGCCGGCAUGGUCGCCGACGUCUUGGCCGAGUUCGCCGCCCUCUGCGACCACCUGCUCGCCCCGCCGCCGUCCUCGACCUCCAGCAAGCGCGCCCACGCCCACGCCCACUAGCGCCUGAUGCACGUACGCGCCAUGCUAGCUUUUCGGUUUGCACUUGAGGAGUACGUAGCGCCGGUAUCAACUGCAGAUGCCCAACUGCUUGCUACAGCACUAGUCUAUAUUUUUAUGAUUGUAUGAUUAACUGUGAGCACUAUCCAUGCGCGUAUGCACAGCAUCACAAGUCUUCUGUCCCAA